CGUAGAGUUCUUCGCAUAGAAAUCGCAGCCCAUUCUCUUCGUACCCGGUACCGAACUCUACAAACGCGCUAGCUGGCGGUGAGGAACCCUCAUUGUACACAAACCGACGACUUCGCGAUCAGCAGGCGGCAAUCCAGUGCAUUCUGCAAUAAAUCUGCAACUCUGAAAUCUAUGUCAUUCACCAUAACGCCAAUGGAAAGCAGUUUUAGUUGACAUUCGGCGUAGUGAUGGCAGAGAGAAAAGAUGUGUGCCGCUCCAGCAACGCUCUUUAUAUGCGGCACUCGCAGCUAGUUCAAUGGGAUACUUCUGUCACAGCCAAGGAACCAACACAGCUAAGAAGAAAGACGCCAAAAAUCAAAUUUCACGAUGGCUGUGUUUUCCUAGCAGCGUGCAGCUCUGGAGAUAUCGAAGAAGUGACGGCCCUUCUCAAUCGCAGAGCAGAUAUUAACACGACGAAUGUGGAUGGACUCACUGCAUUACACCAGGCGGUGAUCGACAAUUCAAUGAAGAUGGGGCAGUUUCUGGUGGAGCAAGGCGCUAACCUUGAUGCACUUGACAACGAGGGCUGGACGCCGCUGCAUGCAGCGUCAUCAUGCGGAUUCCUUAAAAUGGCCAAGUUCUUGAUGGAGGCAGGUGUCAAUAUCUGUGUGGUGAACAGCGAUGGGGACUUGGCCUUGGAUGUGGCAGAGUCUGAUGAGAUGGAAAACCUCAUCAAUAGUGAGCUGUCCAGACAAGGCAUUGAUGUUGAUGCAGCCAGAAAUGAGGAACAAAAUCUGAUGCUGGCUGAUGCGAGACAGUGGCUUAACCUGGGAGCAGUCACAGAGCGAGUACAUCCCGUGACAAAGGCUACUGCACUCCAUGUAGCUGCAUCAAAGGGUUACAUAAAUGUCAUGAUCCUUCUACUGCAGGCAGGGGCUAACACAGAAGCGCAGGACUUGGAGGGCUGGACACCGCUGCAUGCGGCCGUAUACUGGGGCCAGCGAGAUGCGUGUGAGGUGCUGGCCAUGCACCGGUGCAGCAUGCGUGCCAAGGACUUCAUGGGCCAAACGGCUUUUGACAUAGCAGAUUCGGAUAUUAUCAUGUUCCUUUUGCAAUUGCAAAGCAAGCAAUCGGCACUAUCUCCGAAGCCUGAACAGGAACUAAAAUUCCCCCGACAGAUUCUGCCUGUGAAGAGAAGGACCUCGUUAACGAGAAUGAGCGUUGUCGACAAGAGUCACGUGGCUGACAAGGAAAAACAGCAAGAGCGAUCACUCCAUAAUCAGAAACUUGCGCAGCAUGACUUGCAUCCCAUUCAGAAUGGAGAUGCACGGAUUGCCUCCUGUCCAGAACCAAACAAUAAUCGAAUUACACCAGCCCUUCCCAGUCUGUCAGAAGAAAAUCAUGCCCACCAGACCAUGCCUCGCAUAUCUGAAGUAACAGGCAGUACUUCCGACAAAUCUGAAUCAUCGCGCAGGAGUGCGCCCGUGAUCCCUGGUGAUAUGGCGAAUUUGUUAAAUCAGAGAGUACGCCAGGGAGUGCCUGGGCAGAGCUUCCCUGCAAACCCAGCAGUAGGCAGAGAUAAGAUAGAUCAGCAGGAGCAGAAACUGGGCUGGAGAAGGACUGAUGGUCCCGCCCCUGCUAUCGUAGACACUCAGCCGGAAGUCAACAACAACCUCUGUACUCCAACACAGUCUGUCGGAUCAACCCUCAGCAUUCCUGAAGAGACCUCUGAAGAGAGAGAACGUAGGCUAGGGCGCCCCACUCGCUCAUUGUCAUUAGAUGUUAGUCCGCAGACAUUAGGCAGUAAAGAUGCCCUUAUUGGCGAGGCUCCAAUUACAGGAUCAUCUGGCGAUACUUCACUGACAACAAGACCGAUCAGGUCGCUGCAGCCACCGUCCCCGGACGAUGAAGCGGAGACCGUGCGACGGUCUAAAUCCCGCCUGGCUCGUCAGACGCGCCGCUCGACACAGGGCAUUACGGCUGAGGACGUAGCAGAAGCUCAGGCUCGGAUGAGCCAGCUGAGAAAGACUUCUCAACAGCAGACAGAUCAACAGGACGCAGCCACGAAAGAGAAGCAGAAGGAAGUGGGGAGGAGCCAAGAGAAGGAUGCAGGGAGGAUUCAGGAUAAUGUGGAGGGGCAGGAGAGGGAAGUGGAGAGCAGUCAGAAGAAAGAUGUUGGGAGGAGCCAGGAGAAGGAAGCGGUCAGGAGUCAGAAGAAGGAAGAAGAGAAGCAAGCGGAACUGGAAAAGAAAAAGGAAGUCAAACCGAAAAGCACACCGUUGUCCACAUUCACGGCUAAACUUAGAAAGCAGGAAUCCAAAGAGAAGAAGUCGAACCAGGCUCCGCAAUCACCAGCACGCAGCUACACUGCGAGGCUGCCACUCACUAAGCGGCCACCACCCGCCAGUACGUCCGGCCAACAACUGCUGACAGUUAGUGCUCUCGUGCCACCGGCGCGAAAGAUCUCACAGGAGUUACCAUCGGCAGAAGUGUCUGCCAUUCUCUCUCUCACACCGUUAACAAGAAGGAAGCAAGCAUCUGCGCCAACGCCGGACGAAAUCAGCAACUCGGUUACAAUACAAGUGCGCCGACCCAGUUUACCUGUUACUCCUACCACCACGCCAUCUACUGGCAGUGGGGAAGGGAAGCACAGCAACAAGAAUGAACCGUCGUCAGCAAACCUGGCCAACAAAAAAGAAGAUGGAAGACAAAAAGAAGCAGAGGAAGAGAUGGAACAACGGUUCCAGGAGAGAAGGAGGACUCGCAAUGCACGAGCGCAGAAAGCCACAGACAAUGCUGCUCCCAGUAAUAAAGAUGUGAAUAGACCUGAUACAACUGAUCUGUGCCUGCCUGAAGAGAAUAUCAAGAUUAAAGAGGAGGUUAAAGAUCAAUACAAGAGUCUUUCCGAGCGUUACCGAGCAAGAUUUGCGUCUGACCCCUCGCCUGCGUCCUCCGAGCGCGCCACUCCAGCUUCCAGACCGGUUAGCAGUAGCUUAUCCAGCUACGAGCAAAUAGAAAAUGAAUCGAAGAAAGACUACAAGAAGUUGUACGAAGAAGAGAAACGAACGAACGAAGACUUGAAAGAUAAGCUACGAACUACCGAUGCUGAUCUUCAAGCGGUCAAAAAGCAACUUGAAGAGUUGUUGCGAAAUGGAGACGCUGGAGGAUUGGACGUGAAGGACAAAAGAAUCACGGAGAAAAAGAUGUCAGAAUUGGAGGAGGAAGUGAAGCAAUUGGAAAAAUUAAAAGCUGAAAAUACGAAAUUGAAAGAGGAAAAUAGGGCGCUGACGCGAGUGGUGUCAAAACUUUCCAAGUAACUGAACAUGGAAGAGUUGAGAGCAGACAAUCAGCGCAUGAGAGCUGAGAAAAGCGCCCUCGUACGGAUCAUAAGUAAACUAUCAAAAUAAAACAACUCAACUGCCAAACACUCUCUGAAUCAUUUCGGUCAUUUAAGUGGUGCAUAAGGAGUUGUGCAAGAAGAGAUGAACAGACUAGCAGCGCAACAUCGGCACACAAUUUGUGUUCUCUCUGCUUAUAUACCUUGGCUGUAUUUCAUGCACGUUGUCUCCAACCAUGUAUGAAGUGUAUCCCACCAAUGUAUCGACUAUCCCACAUUGAGAUGAUGACACGAAUUUUACUCCCUGUGAGGAGGAUGACGUUGGCGAUCUUGUGGAUUUACGUUUUGUCUCAUUUAUUUUCUCAACUCCCUGUGCGUUUGGAGUCACUAGUGAGCUGCAUCCACUGCAUCUGAGUUCAGAGGUCACUGAGCUUAACCAUUGCUCCCGUGGUAGGUAUUCGAGCUACUAUGACACUGUGGAUUGUGUCUGUCACGGUACCCUACGACGAGUGACGAUUAUUCAGGUUGCAUGACUACACUGGCCACAGAAAUCAUUUUCUGCUAUUAACGUUUGCGAGGCAUUGGUUUUAGUAUCGGAGGGAGGGCCAUCGACAUUUUUCGGGACAAAUUCAGUUCUAAUAAAAAAAAUCUUAUUGGGCGUCCCAUGGGUGUUUGGAUUGUUUGACGGAAUUCGGCACGGUUAUUAUUUCUGUUUAUUGAUUGGAUUUUUAAUAAUGGUAAUUGUUUGUGCAAGGUUUAAGAAAAACUGAAUUUUUGUAAUAAAAACACCAAUCGACAAGUAGGUAGUGAUGUGUAACGUGUUAAUUAAUUGCCAUACUAACAACAAUAUUUAACCCAUUUUGAAAUAGAACUGUCUAACAAAUGAAAGGCUGGGGAAGUUUUAAAUGUUAUAUAUAAUCUGUAGUGUGUGGCCUGAACAAUCGUCACUGCACUGGGCUAUCAUGUGACCUCUGAGCCUGUGAUGCAUCGGCUGUGGACACAUGGCAUUGAGGGCUUCGGACAGCUUGCCCACCAUUUUGUGGCAGCCAUGAUACAUGAAGAGCUGUGAGCUCGGUCGUUUGUGGCAUUUUGAAGGCCUGCUUAUGAGUCGCUUUUUUUCUGGACUCCCCUCCCGACUCUUGAAUUAUAACGUGUUUAGUUAAAUGUUUGUUGAUUAUCAAUUGCUUGUUAUCGCGUUGGGUGUUUAAUUUGACUAGUGGCACGCUGUGCAUUGCUGCUGGUGACCUUCGGUAGGUUUCCAUGGCAACUAGACUACUCUGUUCGCCAGUCACUGUGUGUAGUGUUUGAUGUGAGCUUUUGGGGAAAAUUCUAAACAGUUGCACGCUGGGAAUAAGUGUACAUUUGAAAUGAAUUAUUUAUUACUCUACUAAUGUAUUUAUGACUUGUUAAGUGAGAGAAUGCUGUGUAUAUUGAAUUUUGGUGAAUUUUAUUUUUGAUAGCAGUUUUAUUUUGCCGCACGUAUAUCAAGGAGCCUUGUCCACUCCAGUUUUCACAUCCACAUGUUACAACAGAUAGCCUUAGCUUUAGCUCAUCCAACAGUUCAUACACACGUCGGACCUAGCCUGUGCCCAGGUAACACAGCCAUAAUAUGUAUCAAGUUAUCUUUGACAGCUUUAAACUUUCAUAAGUUUCAUUACAGGUCAGAACACCUUUCAGUUCUUCUUCUAACCACAUAACACGUUAUUACCCCCGUUUUCUUUUGUAAAUAUCUAGUCAGGAAAAUCGGUUAAAAGUGGAAUAACGAUGUACAGAUUUUUGAAAGUUUGUAUUUUUAUACCCUUUUACAGUUUGUAACUUAUAGCAUGCCAAAGUUGCUGGUUGAGUCACCAGAUGAACGCACGUGAAGCAGUGGCUGCUCCUCGGCCAAUCACGAAAUCUUUGUAGAAAUGUUUUUACCUGAUUCACGCAUGCGUUCACGCAGUCGUGCUCCCAGCCGUGCUAACUGUUGACACACGAUCGUAGACAACCUAGCUGUUGACUAUAUGUUACUCAAACUUUGUCAACCACUGGACGUAUUAGUGGCUGUGUACACAGUAGCACAUCAUGGAGUGUGUGCAGACUGUCUGUGCACAGGGUAAAACAUCAUACUGCAUCGUGUGCGUUCAUCUCAAUGUAAGAGAGAUUUGUCAGCUAAGUAUGCGAGCACAAAUUUUCUCCUGCCGGUGACACUACUUCGCAUACGUCACUAGGUGAGGACGGUGCGUGUGCGCAUGAUGCCGCGUACAAGGAAAGAUGCUGGGGGCAAAUGUACGGCGGUUGCUGUGCUGUCUUCAGGCCUGUUAGAGUGGCAGCGAAUGUUUACGAUGCCAAACUAAUAGGUAUGUUUCUGGGUCGGUGGCGCGACCAGCUGACACCAUGCAGUGGUCUAUGUUUAACUACUGUGUUCUGUCACCCGGUCCUGUCAUCCGCAUAACUGUUCCAGGAUAGCCAUCUUAGAAACUCUUGGCAUAAACGAAUGAGCAUCCUUCCUCAUCUGACACGCUGGAGAUGAGGCCUUCUUUAUUCCAAUUGCAUUCUGGGUAGUUUCCUUGGAGCCAUGGCUCAGCAAUGCACGCUAACCACUUUUCUCGCUGACAGCGCACACAGGCACGUCCGUGGGUUCGUGACCGUGCCCUUGUCGCUGCGUUGCUGAGUCAUGGAAUGAGAGGGGUUCAUUUUCCCCGUACUGCUUACUUGCGCGCUCGUUUGCCUUCGUACUGGGAAACGCCGACAUCCUCUGUUAUUGCGUAAAACUCACGGCAGUGCGGGCGAAAAUGAGUCUCGAACUUAUAUCGAGUCGACAACUGCGACGUGCCCUUGUUGCUAGAGAGUCCCCGCGCGUGGCGUAGACGAAUGAUGCUGCUGCUGCUUUGCGUUGCCUUCCUCAGGUGACACGCUGGACCUGAGGCUUUCUCUACGCCGGCAGGACUCCGGGCCGUGGCAGUUCUCGGCGCCUUGCGAGCGUGCUUGUCCCGCGCAGGCCGCGCAGUCAGCCUCUCCUCAUUCUCCCCCUCUCUCUAUGUCUUCUUUAUGGCUUCAGAGGAGAAGGGGGUGCGAGACGACGGGCUGCGCGGUGGUGGCGCGUCAAGCGGAAGUAUAGCAUGCUCUGCGUUUUACACUGUGAUCGCGGGAAGCGGGAGCGUGGCGCCCCCUGGGAGCACCAGGUGGCAGGACGCUCCCGCGCUCGCUCCGCUUGUAAUAUCGGGCUUCGACUAAUCUCGCCGUGGACGAUCGAUUCGCAUCCCAAGCUGACAUGCUGGAGCUUGGGCCUUCUUCACUGCGACAACGUUGUGCUCGUAUGUUUAUGUGUGUGUGCGUGCGUGUGUGUUUGUGUUCGUAUGUAUGCGUGGAUGUCGCACUGCGCCCGAAGUCCUUGCCUGCAUUCCUCUGGCUUGGUGAGAGGUGUGGUCUGACCAGCGUGGAGCUGGUAGCCGUGCCGCGGGCGCAGUGCGAUAUCCGUGCGUUCGUUCUGCCUAGCAACUUAUGGCUGCUCCUGGGAAACUCGUUCGUUAGGAUUACGUGCAGGUCCAGCCAUAUUGCCUGUGCAUAGUGAACGCAUGUCGGGCCAGUGACAACCAACGAACGUUCUCCUCUGCUCUCCUCGUUUGGCCGCGCGAUCGGAAAGUUCUGAAGUUGUCACAGAUGGCCUGACUGUAGUUCCCGUUAUCUCACAAGCUCUGUUUCACUCGCCGAUAUCAUUGUUGGCUGAUUAUCUCUCUCUCUGGCUACAUGUUCAAGACACGCAGCGAAUGCGGUGCAGAAAUAUGCAAGGACGACGCAGAAAUUCACCAAAAUGAUAUACGAAUGAGAGACGAACUUGAGGGAAGGGGACAGCGAAGACAUUACUGUCGCAGAUGAAGUGUAUCUGUCACCUCGCUCGAUGUCUGUGCGUGCGUCCGUGUGUAGCGCUAUAUAAGUGGCCUGCGAUGGAUCUGCCGCGUUUCUUCAUCCUCGGCAGAUAUGCACGGCUUUUCCAGCGCACCGGACGCACAGGUUUGUACGUGACAUUAAGCAUGGUGAUUGAUGCCGGUCUUAGCACAUAGCGCGCUGUCCAGCGUUGGCUGGACCUUUGAGUAAUCAUUGGAGUACUCGGAAUGAUUACUCAGAAUGAUUACUCCAAGGUAGGACAGUCAUGAGCGGGUUACGUACGAGUCCGCCUCGGCUGAAUGCAUGAUAAGACGCUUUCUCAUCUGACAAGCUGGAGAUGAGGCUUGCUCUAUUCUAGUGUAGUCGUAAGUAGCGUGUGCGAAGAAAGUGCGUGUGCGCAAGCUACUGACCGCAUGUGCUUCCUGCGACCCCUGCUACUGUUGCCAUGUGCCCUCCUCACCCUCCCCCCGCGCUACCGAGCCAAAUGUGUUGAGUGAUCGGCUGCAUAAUGACAAUCUAAUCAUGGUAGCGCACCUGGAAUGCAAUAUGGAAUCCAUUCAGGCAGCUGUAAGGAAGGUACACGUCGACACUUGCUCGUUGCACUGGUCGUGCGUGCGUGCGUGUGCGAGAGGUAACGUGGUAAACUUAUGAACUACACAUGGGUAGACGCACGAAAUGUGUCCGACUUUGGGUGACACGUUGGACCCAAGGCUUGCAUUCAGCCGAAUCGUCUGCUAAACCCGCUUCAUGAUAGACUAUCGGACGCCCUUCAGUAAUACAAUCUAGUAGUUAUCAGUACAUCCGUAGUUGUAGUAGCAACCGCAGCAGCCUAAUGAGACCGAAUUACGUACCAGUAACGUUGUCCAGUUACUGGUAAUAUUGUUGGAGGGCGUCCCAGAGUUAGAUCGCUGUUUUAUGAAGCGCUAUACUGCUAACCUCUCCUAGAUCUCACGUACAGUAGAACCUCCGCACGAAGGAGGUAAGCACGCGAAAUCGAUUCAUAUGGUGCUGAGUGUAGAGUGGGUAUGUUGUUAAAUUCCCAGUGUUGCUUUUCUUUCUAUAUAUUGACGUUACUCUGUGUGUAAGAGUGCGCAUAUGUGAGUAUCUGUGCGUGCGUACGCGCGUUUGUAUAUGUAUUGUUUAUUACUGGCGAUCACGUGAAACUAGUUGCUAUGGAAACUUUGGUCCGUCAGUCAAAGCCCGAUUAGUCAGAUUAAACACCAAUAAACGCGAGAGAAAUUGUCGAAUAGGGAUGAAUCGUUGUGGCUCUUAUGCGCCACAAUUUCAGUUUGAGAGGAGGCGAUAUAGCCUUGUUAACUCUCGCAGCGCGCGCAUGCGCAUGACCGUCACGUGUCUCAUACACAGCAUCCUCGCCUGUCGGUAUGUUGAUCACGGCUGAGAACUCGGCAGAUAUGCGUGUAUCGUCAUUGUGACGUCAUUAUGACGUCAUCGUGCGUGUGUUAGUGUGCCUUAUAUCAUAAAGUAAUAAAAUCACUAUCGUUAUAAUGCC